AUGGGGAAGGGCCCUUUGUCGUUUCGGCGUCUCACGAGCAUCCGCCACCGGAAGAAGGGCUCUUCGGUAAAAGAUGACGCCCAGGUAUCGGCGACUUCAUCCCCACCGCCUCCUCCUCCGAUCAAUUCAGGAGCACCGGUUGUUGGAAAGGCGAAGAAGAAAACCGGAGGAGCGAGGCUGUGGAUGAGGUUUGAUCGGACUGGGGCUAUGGAGGUCGUUGAAUGCGAUAAGAGCACAAUCAUCAAACGCGCUUCCGUUCCCGCUAGGGAUUUGAGAAUCCUUGGCCCUGUUUUCUCUCACUCCUCUAACAUUCUCGCGAGGGAGAAAGCAAUUGUUGUGAAUUUAGAGGUGAUAAAGGCAAUAGUUACAGCAGAAGAAGUAUUGAUUUUGGAUCCUCUUCGUCCUGAAGUUCUUCCACUCAUUGACAGACUAAAGCAACAGUUUCCUCAGAGGAACUCACUCGAAGCUUCUGGGAAUGCACAACAACCUCCUCUCGAUCCAGAAUCUUCAGAGGGUUUGCAGAGUGAGCUUCCUUUCGAAUUUCAAGUCCUGGAGAUCGCACUAGAGGUUGUCUGCCAAAUUGUUGAGACUAGUGUCGAAGCUCUUGAGACAGAAGCUUGGCCUGUUCUUGAUGAGCUUACCAAGAACGUCAGCACUGAGAAUCUUGAAUACGUACGAAGCUUGAAAAGUAAUCUCACCCGCUUACUAGCCCGUGUACAAAAGGUUAGGGAUGAGCUUGAGCAUUUGCUGGAUGACAAUGAAGACAUGGCAGACUUGUACUUGACGAGGAAAUGGAACCAGAACCAGCAAACGGAGGCGAUACUUGCCGGGACAGCAACAAACAGCAUCGUCGCAUCGAAUCUUCACCGGCUUACAUCAUCGAACCGAAGCGCGAGUAUGGUGACUAGCAACAUGGAUGAAGACGACGUGGAGGAUCUGGAGAUGUUGCUGGAGGCGUAUUUUAUGCAGCUCGAGGGGAUGAGGAACAAGAUUCUUACGGUGAGAGAGUACAUUGACGACACGGAGGACUACGUGAACAUACAGCUCGACAAUCAACGUAACGAGCUGAUCCAGCUGCAGCUGAUACUGACCAUGGCCUCGUUUGCGAUAACUGCAGAGACGUUGUUGGCGAGCUUGUUCGGGAUGAACAUACAUUGUCCGUUGUACGAUAUGCAGGGCGUCUUUGGGCACUUUGUGUGGAGUAUUUCUGCGUUUUGCAUUGUGCUUUUCAUGGCCACUCUUGGUUACGCCAAGUGGAAGAAGCUGCUUGGCUCAUAG